ACCGCAACGCCGCCUCCCCUUCUCCCUCUUCUCGCCCCAGUUGUUGCCUCCUCACCGUCUCCUUCCAGGCGCCGCCGCCGCCUCCUCGGCCCCUCUGGCCGCAGCAGCUAGCCUCCCCGCUUGGCUGCCUUCCAGUUCCUGUCCGCCGCGCGGUCGCCAGCUCCCUGUGCGGCAGCACCAUGGCUGGAGGCAUGCUGUCGUCGGCACCUUCCAUGGCGCGAGAGGGCGUGGGCUGUGCCACUGGAGACGCCAGGGCUGAGAUCGUGGCUGGCUGCCCCCCUCCUCUCGCAACGCCUCGGUUCGCCGGUGACUCAACGGCGGGUCGCAUGCAUUUCAGGUCAUCUCGCACGAUAAUACUCUGUUUUACGCACAAUUAAAGCAUUAGGGCUGUUUGGGAGCCCACAAUCCCUGCCUAAUCCACGUAGGUGGGACGGGAGGGUCAGAAACCACCUGGAGCAAUAUAAUUUUUUUUGGCUUCUUUCCCCUGCUGCCCUCCCUCCCGCUCUCGCCCGUCUCCGCCUCCGAGACUCCGACCACCGCCUGCUCCCGCUCCGGCUCCCGCCCCUGCAACCACCACCGCCACCUCUCACUUCUCUCCGGCUUCCUCCACUACCACCCUCCCCGCACCUUCUUCCUCUGUCACCGCCAUCGUCUUCGUCCCCGCCAUUGUUUGCCCUCCAUCCCGAAAGCUUGGCCUAUCUCCGACCACCUCUUCUUCACCAAGGUUCAGGUGGUACGGUUCUGUUCUUUUCAAGAAACGUGAUUUUCUUGAAUCAAGAAACCUUAUUUCUUGUUAUACCAUUGUUCUUCCCCUCUUUUCUUAAUUGCUUAGUGGCUGUUUGUUCCCAACAAACAUGAUUUUCUUGAAUCAAGAAACCUUAUUUCUUGCUAUAUCCUUGUUCUUUCCCUCUUUUCGUAAUGGCGUAGUGGCUGUUUGUUUCCACCUUCUCUUCUCCAAGGUUCAGGUUCAUGAUUCUCUUGAAUCAAGAAACCUUAUUUCUUGCUAUAUUCUUGUUCAGUUGUUCUUUCCAUCUUUUCGUAAUGGCUUUGUGGCUGUUUGUUCCUAGGAAUGGGGCAAGUUUUGUCUACUGAUUGGCUUCCAAAAAUUAAAAAAAAAGUUUUGUCUACUGCCGAGUCGACAUAGAGAAGGAGAGGGAAGAAGCGAGCUCAAAGCUUCUGGAAGUGGUUUUGGAGCUUCAUCUCCUCUUUUUUCUGGAAGAAACAUCACGGAAAGACGAAUUUCUGAGGUAAACCAUGCUUCUUCUCUGUUCUCUUUUUCACAACGUUUUGUCUGAAGAAACAUUUACAAUUUGAGUGCAUCCCUAUAGAAGGGUUUACAUGUUUACAUAUUCAGAAUGAAAAUAAGCCUAAAAAACAAGCAUUAGCUGCUACGUAAGCAAGACUGACAUAAAUCCGACAAUAUAACAUGAAGACGUUUCAGAUGUUCCUGCAAUAGCCUAGAAGCCAUCUGAAAGUGUUCCCCUUGUAUAGAUCCUUGCUCUGUAGACCUGUCCAAUACUUGAGAAUUAUAUAUACCUUAUAAAAAAAACAAUUUUAGGAAUCACAUGUAUUAGCAUGAUUGAAACAUCUGUCAUUUCGAACUAGCCAUGUUGCCCACCAAGCUGCCGCCAAGCCAACCCAGUGACAUUCAGAAGCUCCUGGGAGCAACUUAUGCGCCCAACUGAAAUAUUCUCUCAAGCUGCUGCCCUCCAGAAAAAUUCAGCAAUCGGACAUUGAAAAAAACUAGUGUUCCAUACUUCCCAAACCUCCACAAAAGUAGCAGCUAUUCACUCCAAACCACCCUUUUCUCAGCAAAUUGUCCAAAGUCAGAGUUGCAUUUUUGCUUAUCAGCCACAUAAAAAACUUGUUCUUCAAACGUAUCUUCAGUUUCCAGAGAAGAGUAUAUAACUUUAUUCUCUGACCUUCAUUUAAAUGACUAUAUAACGAUUUGACAGUGUAUGUACUUCUUGUAGUAUGCUUCCACAUUGAAUAUCAUCUUCAUCUGAUAAUUGCUGACGUCGACAUAACUGUGAUAUCUGUUGUAACUGUACAAUAUGUUCUGCAUCUAAAACCCUUCUGAAAAGAAUUUGCUAUUGAUCAGAUAGUACCAAAUCCACUGUAUCUUUAGUUCGUUGAACUAUAGCAUAAACACCAGGAUAUAAAACAGCCAAAGGACUGUCAAUUACCCAUGAACCUCGCAGAAACGAAUUCUGGUUCCAUUACCUAAUUUCCAUGUGCAUCCUUUAUACAAACUAUCUCUCAAACUCAGCAAAGCAUCCAAACAAGGUGAAUCAGAAGCUUUAUUCUGAAUUUGGAAACAUGACUGACCUUUCAAGUAUUUGGCUUCUACUAUAUGUCUCCAUAACCCUUUUCCAUUUUGGCUCUUAAAUAACCAUUUACAUAAAAGACUGUGAUUCUUUUUCUCCAAAUCUUUGAUUGCAAGACCACCUGAGAUAUUGAAAUGCGUAUCUUAGACCAUUUUACCAAAAGAUACAUUCUUCUUAUCCUGAUUUCCUUGCCACAAAAGUACUUUUUCUCAUGAUACCAAUCUUAUGUCUCACUGUUUUUGGCAUCUUGUACAUUGACAUCAUAUAGGUUGAUAUAGAACUUAGACAUGAUUCCAGUAAUAUUGAUCUUCAUCCCUGAGAUAAUUGUCCUUCCUUCUAAGUAGACAGUCUCUUUGUUUCUUUAGCUAAUAAAAAUUGCCAGUCUUCUACUGAUAGCCUUCUUGCUGAUAGUGGAACUCCUAAGUGUUUGAAUGGAAAAGGUUCAAUGUUGCAAUUGAAUAGCUCUGUCAUCAUUUCUAUCCUCUGAGAAUCCUCCCCCAAAUAUAUAAUGGUGCUUUUCUGAUAAUUUAUUUUAAGCCCUGUCAUCCUUUCGUGUGUGUAUCAUCAGUUUGAUGUUUGUUGCCAUUUCUAUGUUAUCUUGAAAAGCCAGAACUAAUCCCACAACCAAACCUUGCUCAUAAAUGUGGGACAGUACUAUGUUUCUCAACUUCAUCAGUCACAAUAUACAGGUGGCUCAAUUUUACUCGGACAACCAUCCUCACAUUGUUUGUGAGCAUGGAAGGCAUAAGUUCACUUCAAUGAUGUCAUUCUUAGGCGGAAAGGAUAUGUUGAAAUCUGUUGAUGUUCCUGGGACGAACACUCAAAUAAAAGUCACACAGGAAGUCCUUAGGAGACUUCUGGUCGGAAUGUUUGUCCGCUGUCAACAUUUGCACUCCGAGGGCAAAACGCUUGAGGGAUGCUUCUCAGCUGAUAAUAUGUUUGUUCCAGAUCAGGAUGUAUUUAUGAUACCAUACAUUGAGGUGAAAUUAGAUUCCCUCCGUAUGGAAGCGUUCAAGCCUUAUACAGACGAAGGAGGAGACAAGGACCUCAUGAAGUUGGGUGUGAUAGUUGAGGAUGUCAUCCUUUCCUCGGAAACAGAAUUGCCUGCUGAUUUGAAGCAACUAUUUGUGUUACUGCGCACUGAGCCUAUCAAAAACAAAAAUCUGAUUUACUGUCAUGUGAGUCUCAAGGGACCAAGGGGGAAGCUGUCACACUUCAUGUGGUUGUACAAGAGGCUAACGUACUUGCAAAAGAAAGUGCCCAGCAAGUAUGAGAAGAUCAUGCUAAAAUUCAAAGAUGAUAAAGAUAACUGGAGAAAAAGAGCUAACAGAAACAAAUUUCUGGCCAAACUUCGUCCUUUUAACACCUGCGGUCGAGGCGGUUAUUCCAAACAUGGGAAAGGCCUAAGUCGUUUCUACAGAAAUUCUGUAGAACAUUUGCUUAAGAUGUUUGAUGACAAUAACCCAAACUCAGGGACAAAACCUGAAGAACAUGAAAAGAAGGCCCAUCCAGCAUCACCUGUUGAAGAAGAAGAGCUUGAAGACUAUCAUAUUGCCAUUAUUUUGACACAAGCAUUUCCAGAAUUCUUAGGUGAUCUACAGGAGGCGUUCCAUGAACAAAAUGAGCUUCAAAGGUUCAAUACCGAAGAUACAGUGCCCCUUCAAAAUGCUGCUCCUGCUGUUGCAACCUCAGAAUGUUGAACCAAAAGGAAGGUGGAAUGAGCUGGUUGAGAUUGUACCGUCAGCUUUGGUGCUGUUCGGCUCACAGAAACUACCGCCAAAACAUGGGAUCACAUCAUUCCAUUCCAUCCAUUCAAUUACACCAGCUCCAAGAAUCCUCAUGUUCCAUUUGCUAACUGUUCCUUCGAAGUGGUAAAUACAGAAGGGCAUGUUUGUAGGUUGCCUAGCUUUGUUGUGGAAAAAAAAUCUGUACGUAACUCUGGCAAAUAUUGCUUGUAAAAGAAAGAUAUAAACCUCCCUCUGUUACAAAUUCCCCCAAAUGUUAGUAACACAUUUUUUGCUAAUAUAGGUUUUCCUCUG